CCGAACGACUCUCCACGCUAUCCACUCGUAUCAGAAACGCGCGUGCAGCGAUUCUCAUCGAAAUCUAAAACUUAAAAAAAAAACUUCAAUAAAAUUAAAUUAAAUUAAAACUUUAUUCAAUUAAAUUUAAAAUUAAUUCAACUUACUUAAUUUAAUUAAUUAUAACUUACCUUACUUAAUAUAAUAAUAAUAAUUAACUAAAUGUCAUUACUGUUAAUCAAAUCAGUGCUUCAAUAUAAAACCCGGAAAUUGAUCAAAAUGGACACUAACAAUCUAAUGGAUUCCAUGAACGCAACGAGUUUUCAAUCAUCUAUUCUUCCUCCCACAUCAACCUCGAGCGUUUAUAUCAAACCUUUGGUAAUCUCCCCAGCUCCCGAUAUCGAUUGGGGACCGCAAAGAGAUCCGCUGUACAUUGUCAUCCCCAUCACGAUUCUAUACGUAAUAAUCUUCAUCACAGGCGUCGUCGGCAAUAUCUCUACUUGUAUAGUCAUCAGCCGAAACAAGUCCAUGCACACCGCCACCAACUACUACCUUUUCUCAUUGGCAAUCUCCGAUUUGCUGUUAUUAAUCUCGGGGCCCCCGGAUAUGUACGCCAUUUGGUUCAAAUAUCCAUACAUCUUCGGCGAGGUCUUCUGCGUCUUGCAGGGCUUUGCUGCUGAGACCUCCGCCAACGCAACAGUCUUAACAAUCACAGCGUUCACAGUCGAACGUUAUGUUGCCAUUUGCCAUCCGUUUCUCUCGCAUACAAUGUCGAAGUUAAGCAGAGCAGUUAAGUAUAUUGUAGCGGUGUGGAUCAUUGCCAUGAUACUGGCCAUACCACAAGCGAUGAGUUUCGAAAUUGUACAUGGUAAUAGAGAUGAGCAGUGUGUUUGCACCGUGCAACAAACAGCGAUACCACAUGCGUUUGGUAUCAGUACAUUGUUGUUCUUUGUGACUCCAAUGUCUUUGAUAACCGUGUUGUAUAUCCUGAUUGGAUUACAACUGCAUAAGUCUACUGUGGGUCCGUCGAGAGGAAACAGUGUGCGUUUGAAACAUCGUGUGGUUUCAUACACACCGACCUCUACACAGCCGGUAAUUGUAUUGAAUGGGAAUGUUAUAAGCAAUGGUGGGUUGAAUGGAGCUGAGGGUGGUAAUAAUCGAUUAGAGGAUCAACUCACAUCAAGUCCGAAGGUACCUGUGAGUCAGGAGGAAGAUGGGAGGAAGAAUUUCGCGAGGAAUGCACAAGGGACGAAACAUGUCGUCAAGAUGUUAGUCGCUGUGGUGGUGGCGUUCUUCAUCUGCUGGGCGCCGUUUCACGCGCAGCGUCUCUUCGCCGUCUACAGCGACGGCCGCUCCGACAACAUGAUCUCCGCGUACCGCAUCCUUAACUACAUCAGCGGCAUUCUCUACUUCCUCUCCACGUCCAUCAAUCCUUUUCUUUAUCAUAUUAUGUCGCAUAAAUUUCGCGAAGCUUUUAAGGACACAUUCAAGGGCUGCCUGUGCAGGUCACGCCGCGCCAAGGGCAGCCGUUGUUAUUCCACGUUAUCAGGGCGCUCCUCGCUGAUAAACAGCCACAGCAACACGGACUCGUGCAGCCGGCAAUCGUCCCUGCGUUAUCUCGAAGCCGAAAUGGCUCGCCUACACGACUCAAAGCGACCCCUUGUCGUCUCUUUCAAGCGCAAAAAGUCCGCCUUUCCGAAAAAACCCAAACAAGUCACCAUCCUCGACGCCGAGCUGCAGGAAGCGCUAGAUAACUUGAACGAGGAGUCGAUGCGCACCGACCUUUUCGAAAAGGUGCGUCAGUGUGACGCGAACAACGAGAUCAAAAACUUCCUUCGCACCAGCGGACGAAAUCACAACCACAAUCACAAUCACGAGAAAGAAACACGCGCGAAUAGUCUAGGCAGUAUAGGAAAUGAUUAUGAAGCGGUAGAUUUUGACCUUUCCGAAGGCACUACUGAAUUAUCUUAUGUCGAAGUACAUAAUUUAGAACCCACACAUAUUUGCCCAGUGAGUGGCAGCAGGUGCGGUGUAGUAGGCUGUUGUUAUCUUAAGAAAUUCGCGGAGACUAGUAUGAAGGAGAAGUAUCGACGUGCGAAAUUAGAAAAACUCAAGCGUAGCAGAGGGUGCAAAGUCACGUGGAAUAACGAGUUGACCAAGUCGUCGACGAUGCCGCAGAUUGUCAAAGAAAUGGAAGCAGGUGAAGCAGAUGCAGGUGAUGAGAAUGCUAAAGUUGAAGAAGUCAAUCUGCUCCCGGUGGUGGUGAGUCGACGUGACGAGCGGAGCAAUUCCUGCUCGCAGCUUGAAUUUCGCAGUGUGCAUAUGACAAUUCCAAUUGCAGAGAUGCAUCCAGCUAUGCCACAAAAUACAAAUCAUGAGAACAAUAUUAUACCAGUUACGUAAUACGUCCAAUUAUUUUAUUUCAUAACAAGCCAGAUGAAUAUAAAAAUAAUAUAUAUGGGAUAUUAUUAUAGGCAACCACCUAAACACUUCAAAGGUUACACUUUAUUAAUGCAGUGUAAUGUUGGUUGCCUAAAAAGUUAAACUUUGCAAAUAAUCUAUAAAUUUAAGACUAAAUGUUUUGUACAAACGUUAUGGUUCCUAAUUCUAGUCAUGCUAAGCAUAAAAGAAAAGAUUUGUGAUAAUGUGAUACGUAGCAAAGAGAAUUAUCGAUUUGAAUCACAAAACCCCCGAUAUGUGUACGAGUAUUAACGUAUAAGUAAUGUAAGUACCUGAAAAGAAGACAAGUCACCUUAAAAAAUGCAGAAAUUUUAUUAUUAUAUAAAUGUAAGUAUAAUCUUGUAUAAACAAAAGUGUACUGUAAUAAUUGUGAUAACCUAUUUUAGAGCAGUUGAUUUAUAUAAUUAUAAUAGGUUAUGUUUGUAAAUUAUGAUGAUGGCAUUUUUUCGCACAAUUUAAUUAAUUUAUCACUUAUGUGGGACAGACAAGGCCAAAGCAAGCCAACUUUAAGCAAAUAUUAUUUGCUUUAGACAUUAUUUAAUGUUCACACAAAACCUGUUCACAAAUAAAUGCAUCGUUUUAUCUUA